AUGACAUUCUGCGGGGACACGAGCGAAAAUCCGUGGUGUGGUCCAAAUCUCCGUACGACGAGUGAGAGUGCAUGUCUAGAGGUGCACCUGGCGGUGUCCAAGAUUCGUCGAGUGACAAACGGCAUCACUCGUGUGCCAGAGAGCAGCAUUGCACGUGUGCCAGCAAGCGGUGUUGCACGUGUGCCAGCAAGCGGUAUUGCACGCCUAUCGAAGGUGAACGAGAGUGAAUCGGAGAGGUGGCGCGAAUCGUUCAGCGUGGGUGACAAGAACAGGCGUGUGCCGAAUAGAUCCAGGGAGCCGCUCCAAAGCAACCGAGGCGAAACCCGCAAGGCAGCGAAGAUGCACGUGAACGAAACCAUCGAAGACAUCGAGAAUCACGACGAUUACAACCCAGACACAAGUGAUGUGAAUGAUGAACGCGUAACUUUCGUGAACAUGUACUACAACCUCAAGGGCAUGUUCAUGGAAAAGAUUAAGGAGCUGGAGGAGUCCUCUGCAUCACACCAAUCCACAAGGUUCAUGGAUUCUUCGCUUCUGCCGACUGUCGAACAUAUGAAGUUACCCCAGAUUAAGCUUCAAUCGUUCAGCGGUGACAUAGAUGAGUGGUUGAGUUUCCGAGAUCUGUUUCUUUCGCUGAUUCACACCAAGGCUGAUCUUCCCAACGUUGAAAAAUUCCACUACCUUAAGGAAUGUCUGUCAGGGGAAGCUAAGGCAAUGGUUGAUCCGUUAUCCAUUACCGCAGUGAAUUAUCAGGUCGCCUGGGACAUCCUCAUGAAGCGUUAUAACGAUAGCAAGAUUCUUAAGCGAAGGCAGGUUCGCGCGUUGUUCAGUCUACCAAAUGUACCAAGGGAAUCUCCGUCUCAGCUACAAACACUUCGGGAAGGCUUUGAACGUAGUGUUCAAACGCUGGAUCAGCUGGUGAAGGCAGAGGAUUACAAAGACCUACUCUUGCUGGAAAUCCUAGGGUCCAGGUUAGAUCCAAGUACACGUCGAGCAUGGGAAGAGGUAUCUGCCAACAAGGAGAAGGACAAGAUCAGGGAUCUUACGGAGUUCCUCCAGACACGAGUGAAGGUAUUGAGCUGCUUGUCCUUGAAUAACGCCGAUGCAAGAAGAGAUCAACCGCAAUGGAUUCGGAAGCAGCCCACAAACCGAACGGCCAACAAUGCUUCGCAGUUUACCACAGGCCGAUGUAUUGCAUGCCCUGAAGACCAUCUUCUCCAUCAAUGUCUGGCUUUCAAGAAUUUGUCGGUUGCAGAGAGGGAACAACUGAUUCGAAAACACAGUAUGUGCAGGAACUGUUUAAGACGAGGUCAUAUCGCAAUGAAGUGUCCGUCAACAUACGUUUGUCGCAGCUGUAGAGGGAAACAUCACACUUUGCUGUGUUUUCACGCCGAGAAUAGAGUCGCACAUUCCGCCGUCACUGAAACUUCCAUGGGGCAACGAGGUGCUGAGCGGGCCGAGUACGUUGGGGAAUCAUCGUCAACCGGAACUACCUCUGCAAACACAGCUAGAAGGUCCAACUCAACAAUGCUAUUAGCUACAGCUGUCGUCAUGGUAGAAGAUUGUACUGGAUUCAGUUACCCGGCCAGAGCGCUUUUGAACUCCGGUUCUGAGUGUAACUUCAUGACAGAAACACUUUGUCAACGGUUGGGAGUGCAGCGGAAAUCAAUAAAUAUCUCGGUAGUCGGUAUUGGUCAAGCAAACAGCCACGUCAAGCACCAGGUUUCAGCUUUGAUUCGAUCCAAAAUGUCCAGCUUUAGCAGAAAAAUGGAUUUUCUCGUCCUUCUUAAGGUUACAGCUGAUCUUCCUACAGCUACCAUCGAUACUUCCAAUUGGAAACUUCCACCAAGAGUUAAUCUUGCCGAUCCAUCCUAUUGUAAAUCAAAGUCUAUUGAUCUAGUUCUUGGAAUACAGGACUUCUUUGAGUUCUUUCAAACCGGAAACAAAAUUAGACUAGGAGAGGGACUGUCAACGCUGACCGAAUCGAUAUUUGGAUGGGUGGUAUCUGGAGUUGUAGACAACUGGCAGAAUUCUUCACAAACCGUAUGUAACACAGCUGUUUCACAAGAUUUGGAUGAAAUCUUAACUCGACUUUGGAUUUGUGAAGAGCUGGAGCCUCUUCAAAAUUAUUCGCCGAACGAGUCGCGCUUUGAGGAGCAAUUUGUGCGCACGGUGCUCAGAGGAUCGGAUGGAAGGUACACAGAUAUCGCUUACCGACGUCUUCAAAGCCUAGAGCGUCGACUGGCAAGGGAGCCAGAGAUGCGCCAACAGUAUACUCAGUUUUUAGCCGACUAUCUGAAGCUUGGGCAUAUGCGGAAGAUAGAUGAGACCCUAGAUGCAGGACGAGUACGCUGUUAUUUACCGCACCAUCCGGUGAUUAAGGAAUCGAGCACUACCACCAAACUUCGAGUUGUAUUCGACGCUUCGUGUUCGACAUCCAGUGGCAAAUCACUCAACGAUAUUUUACUAGCGGGACCGGUAAUCCAGGAUGAUCUCCGGUCAAUCAUCCUAAGAAGCCGAACGAAGCAGUUCAUGAUCGUCGCUGACAUUGAAAAAAUGUUUCGACAAAUUCACAUUAGCGAUGCGGACAAACCCUUGCAGAGUAUUUUGUGGCGAGAAGAUCCAACCGAGGAAGUUAAAACUUACGAAUUAACCACCGUAACGUAUGGGACCAAACCUGCGCCGUUUCUAGCUACCAGAGUUUUGAAACAACUAGCAAUGGAUGAAGAACUACGUUUUUCCAAGGCAGCCAAGGUAUUGAUUGAAGACGUGUACAUGGAUGACGUGCUCACAGGAACCGACGAUGAGUUAGAAGCAGUUUUACUAAGCCGUGAAUUGAGAAGAUUAACAGAAUGUGGUUUGGAGGAUUUACCUGUUGAGUAUUUGGCGUUAACGGCAGGCGAAGAGAUUGAUCUCGAUCCCGAUCCAUCGGUAAAAACGCUCGGACUAGUAUGGCAACCAACGGAUACGUUCAGGUUCCAAUUCAUCCUAAAGCCCAUCGGAGUUAAGGAGCCCCAGACAAAACGGAAGGUCUUGUCUGUAAUCGCGACACUGUUUGAUUCAUUGGGACUGAUUGGAGCAGUCAUAACAACUGCAAAAAUCAUGAUGCAGCAACUUUGGUGUGUUGAAGACGAGAAUGGCAAGAAAUUAGAUUGGGAUCUACCAAUACCUCGAAUCAUUGAUGAAACCUGGCGGAUUUUCUACAAUCAACUUCAUCAAUUGAAUGAUUUACGGAUUCCAAGGUGCACGCUGAUUUCAAAUGCGAUUGAACGAGAGUUGCACGUCUUUUCUGACGCAUCCGAAAAAGCAUACGGAGCAUGUGCUUAUCUGCGAAGCAACGACCAAUACGGAAACUUCAUCGUCAGACUCCUCACUUCAAAAUCAAGGGUAUCACCUCUAAAAACGCAGUCAAUACCCCGAUUGGGAAUUAUGCGGAGCGUUGAAAGCGGCUGA